CAAAUGCUCAGCUUAACCAAUAAAGAGUAUUUCAUAGAUCUUUAUAUAGAGAUUGAGCCUGUUUGGUUAUUUACUUAGUAAAGGUUCGAAGUUAACCAUGGCUUCGGAUAUUAUUGAUUUAAUAGACGUUAAAACGGGCUUAAAUGCUCUUUAUAUGUUAUAUUGUACUGCUUUAUUACCAUUAUGUAUUAUUGGUAUAGCAUAUUUUUAUUCAGGUUUAACUCAAAGAAGAUCUUCAUUAACUAUGUUUGCACUUCCAGUAUUUUUAAUACCUUUCAUAUUUGUUGAUUAUUUUAUUUGGGGUUAUUCCUUAUGUUAUUCAUCAUCUUCAAAUAGAUUUAUUGGAAAUCUUAAUUUUGCCGUACUUCGAAAUCUUAAAGAUUCAGCUUUAGCAAUUUAUUCAAAUUCAAGAGGUAAUGUUUUGAUAGUUAAUCAUUUUUUAUUUAAUUGUUUAUUUAAAACCAUUUGUGCUGCAUUAACAUUUCCUGGUUGUAUUGCUGAAAGAGGUAGAUUAUUACCAAUGUUAGUAUUCUUAUUUUUUUGGUCAUGUAUUAUUUAUAAUCCUAUAACUUAUUGGUUUUGGAAUGUUAAUGGUUGGUUAUCUGUUGAUUUAGGAAAAUUACCUGUACUUGAUUUUGCUGGUGGGAAUUGUAUUCAUAUUGUUAGUGGAUUUACAUGUUUAGCAUAUUCUUAUAUCUUAGGUCCAAGAAAUCCCAAACUAUUAUACAAUUAUAGAAAUAUUAAUACAGGCUAUAUUGUUAUUGGAACAUUUUUUAUUACUUGUGGUUGGGUAGGAUUUGUUGGAGGUUGUGAUUAUAAAUUUUCUGAAUAUUCCAUUUAUAUAUUUAUUAAUACCCUUUUAUGUGCUUGUGUUAGUGGAAUUGUUUGGACAUUUAUUGAUUAUUAUUUUUCAUUAAUUCCUUUAGAAGGUUCAAAUAUAGAAACACCAACAAAUAUUGAUGGAAAUAAUUUAUCAGUUAUUGCAUCACAAACUUCAUUAGCUCCUCAUAUUUCUCAAACAGGAGUAUUACUUAAUCAACAUUUACAUGAAACACAAUCUAAUUUUAUAGUAAGAAGAAAAGUAUCAAUGAUAUCAUUUUCAUCAGGAGUUAUGACAGGAUUAGUUGUAAUUACUCCAGGAGGUGGAUUUGUAUCUUCACCAACAGAAUUAUGGAAAGGUAUAGUUUUUGGAGUUGUAGGUGCUAUAAUUGGAAAUUUUUCAACUAGAUUAAAAUACUUUUUCAGAAUUGAUGAUGCACUUGAUAUAUUUGCUAUACAUGGAAUUUCUGGUAUAGUAGGUUCAUUAUUAACUGGUAUAUUUGCUAAUGAUCUUUAUGCAUCUAAAGGAGGAUGGAUUAAAGGUCAUUGGAAACAAUUAGGUUAUCAAAUCUUAGGAUGUGUAGUAGUUUCAUCAUAUACAUUUAUUAUGACAUGUUUAUUUUUAUACAUUAUUGAUUUGAUACCUGGAUUACAUUUAAGAAUAGAUAAAAAUUUUAACAAACGUGCAAGAGAUUCAGUUAAUAAAUCAAAAGAAAAUGAAAUAGAAUCACAAUUGUCACCUACUGAAACCACAAGAGUUGAUUCUGAAUUAGAAGAAAGUUAUCUUGAAAAAGUAGAAUUAGCAGGGACUGAUUCUUAUGAAUUUAAUGGAGAAUAUUUAAUGGAUUUCAUAGAAUUUAUUAAAGUUAUACGACCGCAAGAUUAUUUAGAAGAUGAUACUCAGGCAAAUUUUGAACCAAUUGAUAAUAAUACUAAUAUUCAUGGAUUUGGUACAGACUAUGAAUUACAUCCUAAUAAUGGACAUACACUACUUAAAAGAGACCAGUAAUAUUGUAUAAGUUAGUUUUUACUUUUUAAUUUUUACUUUAGUAUUUUUAAUAGAAUAAUGAAUAAUGAAUAAUUAAUAAUUAAAUUUAAUA